CCUCUCUUUAGAGCUCCAGCAGUUGGACAGCAUGCCCCUCCUCAGAGGCCUGAGAACCAGGGGACCCCUCUGCAGGCUCCUGGUCUCUUCCAUUUUGAUGUCCCCCUGAGGGGUGGCACCUGCUGCCUGCAGUUACUUCUGGAACAUAAAGAAGAAUUCACCGAGGGUCCUCCAUCACUCUAAAUGGAAAUGGCAGAGACAAGUACAUUUGCUGAUCAUGCAAUGCAACUGGGAUUUAAUAACAAAAUGGAAACUAAGUCCUUUAGAGAGAGUAUCUAUAAAACUAAAGAAGAAAUUGAAGAUAGCCUGGAAACUGAGGAUAGCACGUUCUUCUAAGAAUAAAUAUAUGACCUUUUGGUGGUGCCUGAGAGACUAUAAGACAUACAUUCUAAUGAAAGGAGCCUGUGAGAGAACUUUCAGCAUUUCCACCAUUUUUGCUUAGAAAUCAUCCAAAGCAACAUGAGUGAGAAAAUGAAUUGAAAUUAGCAUCGUCAAGUAAACUAGGAUAUAGAUGGCAUGUGAAAAAAAGAGGCGCAUGACACCACAUGUCAGGAGGUUCCAGCAAAGAACACUUCUAGAAGUAAGAAGUGGUUUGGCUUCUGGUGAAAACCAUUGUUUAAAUCUGUCUGGCGUUUGCAGAAGAGACAUCUGCAAAAUGACAGAGGAUCAGAUUGGUGCCUGCAAAAGAAGAUGGGUAUGCUGUAGAGCAUGGUGGAUUCUUAUACCAAUUCCAACACCACUUAUCUACUCAGAUUAUCAAGAACCCCUUAAGCCUAAAUUGAAAUGAAAUUAGGAAAAGCAUCAAAAGGAAAGUUCUUUGCCUCUAAAAUCAUUGGAAUAUACAUAUUAAACACUCUCUGCUUCAUUACCAAUUCCUAUUACCCCUUGUCAAUAAAAAUAAAUAAAUAUGGAUUUCAAAUCUC